GCCGCCCUCAAUAAUCGUGCCGCUGCUGCCCAAUACAUUAUCGAGGUUUUUCCUCGAACUCACUAUUGCUAUCUUAACUCGGAAUCGCACGUAAGAUGUGUCCACCUUUAUUUGAAUCAGGAUGACUAACUUUGAUCGUUAAUGCUUGUACGUAACGUUGAAGUAUGAGGUAUCAUUAUCAUUAUCUUAUAAUCUAUCAGCACACUCUGUGAUUGUUGUUUUCUCUGGCCUGGAUUUUAUUCAACCCAAACCAAAAACUGAACCGGAUUCCAAUUCUAAUUUGUCAAACCAAAUGGGAUUCAAAUUUAAAGUUUGGUUUUAGGUUCAAAUUCUGUUUGAUUGAAUGAAAUGUUUUGAAGUUGGUAGUCGGUUCGAAGAACUCAAAUUCAAAGUUAAAUAAAAAGAACAAUGGGUAUACACACUGGAAGGAAAUACAUGUCUUCUAAUGCUACAAGUGAAUCAAAAUGAUUCGAUGAAGGUUUCUGACUUUUUAGUGGGACAGAGACGACUGACAGCGCCACUGAGGCAUUGAGGCAUGAUGCAUGAGUGACUGUCGACUGUAAUCUGUUCAGCCGUCGAGGCAUUGACUGAGGGACAGAAAUGAGUGUCGGGGGUGCUCCAUGAGUGGCUGCCUUGGUGGUCUUGGACUUCUCAGUUUUUGCAAUCGGCCACUCUAGUGCAUGGUGGAAAUAUAAAUGCUAUGGAUCUUACUGGGCAAACAGCUUUGCACUGGAGCGCUGUUCGCGGAUCUAUUCAGGCUGCAGAGCUUUUGCUCCACGAAGGUGCUCAGAUCCAUGUUGCUGAUGUGUAUGGAUAUCAGGCAACUCAUGUUGCUGCGCAAUAUGGUCAAACAGCCUUGCUCUAUCACAUUGUAACAAAAUGGAAUGCAGAUCCCGACACACCUGAUAAUGAUGGAAGAAGCCCUUUGCAUUGGGCUGCAUAUAAAGGUUUUGCAGACUGUAUACGGCUUCUUCUAUUUUUGGAUGCAUAUAGAGGGCGCCAGGACAAAGAGGGUUGUACACCUCUACAUUGGGCUGCUAUCAGGGGGAACUUAGAAGCAUGCACAGUACUUGUACAAGCUGGAAAGAAAGAGGAUUUGAUGGUGACUGAUAAUACUGGUCUAACACCAGCACAACUCGCUUCUGAUAAGAAUCAUCGACAAGUUGCUUUUUUCCUUGGUAAUGCUAGGAGGGUGUUAGACAAACGCUGGGAUGGAACGAGUACACUGGGGCGACUUUCAAAACUAGGCCUGGCACCAGCACUUCUGUGUGUAAUAUUUGUGCUACUUCUGACCUAUAUUAGUUCAGUUGUUAUGGCUUCAAAUUUACCACAGAUGACAAUUACGUCUGCAUUUUUUGCUUGGAUUGGUGUGAUAUUGGCAAGCAUGGGAUUGAUAUUGUUUUACCGGUGUAGCUGCAAAGAUCCAGGGUAUGUUAAAACCACGAGGCAUGAUUCACAAAAUAUGAAAGAUGAUGAGCCUUUACUGAAGAUUGAGAUAAAUGAUCCUGCUUUGCUAGCUGGUAACUGGUCCCAACUUUGUGCAACUUGUAAGAUUGUCCGACCUAUUCGCUCAAAGCAUUGUUCCACCUGUGAUCGAUGUGUUGAACAAUUUGACCAUCAUUGCCCCUGGGUAUCUAAUUGCAUUGGCAAGAGGAAUAAAAGGGAUUUUUUGGGCUUCCUUGUUCUUGAAGUUUUUGCCAUGCUGAUAACUGGAACAGUUACCAUUACAAGAAUUUUGACUGAUCCAUGGGCUCCAUCUUCUUUUGGGGCUUGGUUGAACCAUGCUGGUAACCAGCACAUUGGUGCCCUAUUAUUUGUAAUUUCGGAUGGUUUUCUCUUCGUAGGUGUGGCUGCCUUAACUUGUAUGCAAAUUUCUCAGGUUGGUCGUAACAUCACGACAAACGAACUGGCAAACUCUAUGCGUUAUAGCUACUUAAGAGGGCCUGGAGGUCGAUUCAGAAACCCAUACGAUCAUGGGUGCAGGAAGAACUGUUCAGAUUUGUUUAUAAAUGGUUACAACGAAGACAUAGAGUUGAUUGAAGAAACAAGUCAAUCAGACGGGAUAGAUAUGAUGCCUAUGUCCAGGAAUUCUCACCAGCAAAACGGCACCAGUGAUGCUAUGGCUGGUGGUCAUCCUCAUCAACCCAACGGAAAUACCCAUUUUAUUGAUGUGAGUAAGAACUCAAAAACACAUGUUCAUUCUUCUAGUUGUAGCCACGGAAAUUAAGAACCAAUUGUGGUCCGUUAGGGUUAGAGUUAGGUCUAGGUUUAGGCCGAAAUUCAUAUGGCCCUGGUCCUAAAUAUGGUUGGAAGAGAUGAUAUGUUAUGUUGUAUCAUUUAAGUUCUUAGUUGAUAAGAUACAAUCUAAGUUUUGUAGCUUGUACUGGGUCCUAUUUACACACAAAUGUUUCUUGCUUUUUGAUGUAUAAUUUGUACAGGGACUGAUUGCAUUUUUAAGAUUGGAUUUAUUAUUACGAACUG